AUGGCAAGCACUUCUAGAUACGCAGAUUCUAUCUCACACCACCUCGACAAGGGCACGUUGGGAACCCUUUUUUCACUCUCCUCUGGCCCUACUGAGAGCAGUGAUUCCUCAGCCGUUAUUCCUCAUCUUAAUAGCUCUUUGGAGUCUAGUGUUGAAAUUGAUGAGAAUAACAAGUGUGAUAAAGGCAAAGCUGUUGCACACACCACCACUGUUUAUGAAGCUACUACCCCCACAACUGUCAAUACCACCAGCGGGACUACCAGUAUAGGUGUCAAUGCGUUGCGGCUGAGCGAAGAAGCUUCACUUAUCUCUUUUGCCGGCAAUUCCAGCAUGUCAACAGCCUCAAACAAUGCGCUUAUAGUGGCCGCGGUCGCAGCCGAGGCGGCAGCUGCUAAGCACGAAGCUCCUGACUACCCAGGUUGGAGACUUACUAAUUCCAUCUUUUCAUGA